AUGGUCGUCUACUACCAGCUCGCCGGCAAGCAGGUCGGCUCCCACGUGCUCGCCAUGGGUGUUCUCGGCUCCCUCUUCGGUGGUGUCUACCUCGCAACCCGCGGUGGCUCGCAGCCCAAGCAGGCCGCUCCCCCGAUCCAGGCCUCUUCCAAGGAUGAGGAGACCUUCAUCCAGUAUUCCUCAUCCUUCACAUCGGCAGACCCCUCAAGCCAACUGCCAUCCACCGUAACCACCAUGAAACCGCUGCCCUUCCCUCUUGCCCUGAAUAUCGGCACGGACAUCGUUCAUCUCCCACGUAUCACGCGUCUCAUCCACCGCCGCGACUACCUGACUCGCUUCACGCGGCGUAUCCUCAACGACCACGAACAGCAUGACUUCCACACGCGCUUUGCCCUCCCCGCUGCUAUGCAUUCGCCGAAUCAGCGCCCCCUGCCGAGUUCCACGGACAUGGCCCGCUGGCUCGCCGGUCGCUUCGCCGCCAAGGAAGCCGCACGCAAGGCUGCGCCGAACGGAGCGGCGAGCCUGGGAUGGAAGGACGUGAUGGUGCGGGUCAGCGAAACGGACUCGGGCAGACCGGAGGUGGUCUAUCUGGACGGGGAGAUGGCCCGCAUUGGGAAGCUGUCCAUCUCGCACGACGGGGACUACGUUGUUGCUACGGUGCUGGCAGCCGGAUGA